UCUACAAUGUGACACAAAUUCCCAAUUGCUACCAUGGACCCGAAAAACUAGAAACCACCUCCAGGACCAGGCCGAUUCGGCCCAUUUUACAGUGGAUGAAGCCCAAGAUCUUGCCAUCUGAGCCGUCAAAUCUAGGGUUUUUGACAAAAACACCUUCCUUAAAACACUUAACACCACAAAGUCCCGAUGAACUCCUCCAAUCAAAGACUGCCUUGUGCUUCACGGCGAUUGAUACGUGCUCCGAGAAGUUUCGUUCUGAAUCAGAUUAUUUGCUGCUCCUACACGAUCGCUGGGCACAGAACACAGCACACAGAGUUGAUCGUUGUUCUUACACAGAACACAGUCGAUCGCUGCUCCUACACAGAACACAGAGUCGUUGCUCCUACACGAUCGACACAGAACACAAAGUCGUUGGUCUCGCUGAUCGUUGCUCCUUCUAGACAGAGUCGUUGUUCUUGCUAGAGGUAAGUCAUGGUUAAGCAUAAUAAUGUUGUGCCUAGUGGGCAUUUCAGGAAGCAUUGGCAGAAUUAUGUCAAGACUUGGUUUAACCAACCAGCCCGCAAAACAAGGAGACGUAUUGCUAGGCAAAAGAAGGCUGGGAAGGUUUUCCCAAGAACAACAUCUGGACCACUUCGACCCAUUGUUCAUGGGCAAACCCUGAAGUACAAUAUGAAAGUCCGGGCUGGGAGGGGAUUUUCUCUUGAAGAGCUGAAGGCUGCAGGGAUACCCAAAAAACUUGCUCCAACAAUUGGUAUUGCUGUUGAUCAUCGCCGCAGGAACCGUUCCUUGGAAGGUCUCCAGAGCAAUGUCCAGAGGCUUAAGACUUACAAAGCUAAGUUGGUUAUCUUCCCAAGACGUGCAAGAAAAUUCAAGGCUGGUGAUUCGAGGCCAGAGGAACUUGCAACUGCCACGCAGGUCCAUGGUCUAUACAUGCCCAUUGUUACAGAGAAGCCGACCAUUGAGCUUGUGAAAGUUACAGAUGAGAUGAAAUCUUUCAAUGCUUAUGCCAAGCUACGGGUUGAGCGGACGAAUGAGCGCCAUGUUGGUGCUAGGGCAAAGAAGGCUGCUGAGGCAGAGAAGGAAGAGAAGAAAUAGGAAGUUUCGACUGUCAGAUGUUCAGUCUGCUGAUAGAAAUUGUUCACAAUUUUGGAUUUAUCUAUACAUUCCGUUACCAUAAAGAUAUACAAGUAUACUUUCCAAUUUGAUUUUGUAGAACUUUGGUGAAGCGUUACUACUAUUUUCGUUCUUGCUUGAAUCUUAUUUAGGCUUCGUUCUUAUCUUUUUGAUUG